GAUAUGAAAACAAUACGGCAAACAGCACGUGAGACUGAUGAGAAAUAUCGAAAAGUACGUAAAAGUCAUAUCACAGUUGAAAUGAGUAUAAAAAGUAUGACGAGUGAUUUAUUGUCUGAAACAAAACGUUUAAAGGAAAAAUUAUUACAGGAUACUAAGGAUAAGAAACAAUUACAACAAAAAAUUUCGAAAAUAAAGCUUAUCGAAGAAAAACUACGUAACGAAGCCGAAAACAACAAUAAUUUCAAUAAUGUAGGACAGACAUUCAGACGAGAGUUAUAUAAAAUGAUGACGAUAGAAGAAGAAACUUUACGCAAUUUGAACAAGGAACAAGAAAAGAUAAAAGAGUACAUUGUACAGUACGAGAAUAAAAUGCGACAAUGGAAUACUAUCAUAUCUUACUCGUAUAUCAAGAGACACGAUAGUUUCUCGUGCCAAGUGAACGUGCAGCGUGAGGAACGCGCGCGAGUACGAGACCACACUGUGUCUUUACGUGAGCCGGUGAUUUGUGAACGAUUCGAGUCAUUGUAUCUCAAAAACGGCUGA